AUGUCCGCUAACCCCCAUCCCGAUUCCAAUUCCAUGGCUUCCCGGGCCACCCGCCUGGAGCAGGCCAUCUCCAAUCCCGGGGCCGUCAAGAUCAAUGUGAAGGGCGCCUUUAUUGUCGACGAAGAUCCUCGGUCGAAGAGCCCGGUGCGAACCGACGGGGUACAUUAUGAGGGUCACGACAUUCGCCUGCCGCAUCAUACCGGUCUGGUCAGCCAUGUGGCCGUUGAUAUCGGCGGCUCCCUGGCAAAAUUGGUCUAUUUUACGCGAGAGCUGGACUCCGUGGACAAUGGUGGCCGAUUGAACUUUAUCAACUUCGAGACGCACCGCAUAGACCUCUGCAUCGAUUUUAUCAAGGAAUUGAAGGAGGAGUACGAGAAAGCGCAUGGCCCUACAUCCAACGAGCUCUGUGUCGUCGCGACAGGAGGCGGUGCCUUUAAAUACUACGACAAGCUCAAAGAGGCCCUGCAGGUCAAUAUUAUCCGCGAGGAUGAAAUGGAAUGCUUAAUCACCGGCCUGGACUUCUUUAUCACCGAGAUCCCGAACGAAGUCUUCACCUACAGUGAAGUUGACCCGAUGCAAUUUGCCGAGGCCCGACCGGAUGUCUACCCGUACCUCCUUGUCAACAUCGGCUCCGGCGUUUCCAUGAUCAAAGUCUCCGGUCCCCGUCAAUUCCAGCGUGUGGGAGGUACCCACCUCGGCGGGGGUACCUUUUGGGGAAUCAUGUCGCUGCUGACCGGCGCUCGCACCUUUGAUGAGAUGCUUGCCAUGGCCGACCAGGGCGAUAACAGCGGGGUCGAUAUGCUCGUCGGCGAUAUCUACGGCAUGGAUUACAACAAGAUCGGGCUCAAGAGUACGGCAAUCGCGAGCACCUUCGGCAAGGUCUUUCGGUUGAAGAGCGCCGCCGAACACCCAGAGACCAAUGGCGAUGGCGAACCCCACGAUGGCGAUCAUCGGAAUGGGGAAGUGACGUUUAAACAUGAAGAUAUGAGUCGGAGCCUUCUCUAUGCCAUUAGCGAAAUGGUGAUAUUAAUGAGUGUCAGUAACAACAUCGGUCAAAUUGCCUACCUGCAGUCUGAGAAGCACAGCGUCAAACACAUCUACUUCGGCGGUUCCUUCAUUCGGGGGCACCGACAAACCAUGAACACCCUGUCAUACGCCAUUCGAUUCUGGUCCAAGGGCGAGAAACAAGCCUACUUCUUGCGUCAUGAGGGUUACAUCGGUGCUGUGGGCGCAUUCCUCCGCCGACAGCCCGCCAACUGGGGUCGGAGGAACAGUUUCGACGGCACCACCCCGUCUUUUGAGACCAAGACCACCGAGACCAAAACCACCGCGACGUAA